UGUUUGGAGACCGCGUUGCUUGCCCCAGCCGGCCUCACUUUGGCUCCCCGGCCGGGCCUCCAUUUGCCGACCUCCGGCCUGUCAGCCUCCACCGGGAUGACUCUCACAACACGCCGCCACCACCACCACCACCACGCCGGGCGCUGAUCUGUCCCCUUCCCCCCCGGGGUCCUGGCCUUCUGCAGCUGCCGCACAGCGAUGCAUUGCUGGUGAUGUGCUACUCCAUUCUGGAGAACUCCUGCAUCGUCACCCCCGCCGCCAGGGCUUGGAGCUACCUAGAGGAAGUGCUCCUGGGCUUCGGCAAGUCGGUGUGCGACAACUUCGGGCGGCGGCACCGGCCCACGUGCGCGCUGUGCGCCUUCUGCUCGCUGAAGCUGGAGCAGUGCCAGACGGAGGGCGACCUGCGGCGCCAGCAGUGCGACGGCUCGCACCGCACGCCCUUCACCAGCAUCCUGCUCACCGCGCAGAGCAUGUCGGUGGGCACCCAGGUACCCGGAUGGCGGGGCGCCGUCUGCUCCGACCUCCCCUACGCCUCCUGGUUCGAAUCCUUCUGCCAGUUCACGCAGUAUCGUUGCUCCAACCACGUGUACUAUGCCAAGAGAGUGCGCUGUUCCCAGCCGGUCUCCAUCCUCUCGCCCAACACACUCAAGGAGGUGGAAUCGCCCGUGGAACCCCCAUCCACCACCACCGGCUCCCCCUCCGCCUCCCGGGCCACAGCCACGGAACGUCAGGUCUUCCAGCCGUGGCCGGAACGCCUGAACAGCAACGUGGAGGAACUGCUUCAGUCAUCCUUGUCCCUGGGAGGCCAGGAGCAGCCCAACAGUCACAAAAUGGGCGAGGGGGCGGAGGAGGAGGAGCAGGAAGAGGAGGAGGAGGAGGAGGAGGAAGAGGAGCAGGAGGAGGAAGAGGAGGAGGAGGAGGAGGAGGAGGGCAGGCAGGAGGCAGUGGGGACGCAGGAGGCGCUGGAGAGCAUGUCCAGUCUGCAGAGCGACUCGGAAGGCAAGUUCCAGGCCGAGGCUCUGGCGGCCGACGCGCCGUCCUUCACCCCGCACGUCCGGGAGGUGGACUCGGUCCCGCUCAUGAUGGAGAACAUUCAGGAUCUCAUCCGCUCGGCCCAGGAAAUGGAAGACACCAAAGAGGCCUCCGAUGAGUCUUACUGGCGAAGCCACACUGGCAG